GUUUGAUAAUUCUUAACAAAACAAACAACUAACGAGUCAGAUGGAUAAAGACAUUAAUUUCACUCCUGAACGAAUCCGAUUCAAAUCCUGCACCGGCAUACCUCUUACUAGAAAAUCAAGAGCGAUUUGUCAGGUUGAAAACCAAGAUCUAGCCACAGGCGGAUCUACGGGGGCUGGGAGCUUUGGGGCUGAAGCCCUCACCAAAAUGGGAAAUGGUAUUCAUCUGGUCGUGGUAAUUUGAUUUUACCUAGGAGACAGCAGUCAUUAUUCGAU